GACGCCGCGCCCCGCCCCACGGAAGGCUGCACCAAUGAGCUGAGCGAAGAGGCGGGCUGGGCGCGGGGCAGCGGCGGGGGAGCGGGGGCUGCGGGAGCCUGGCGGCCGCGGCUCACGACUUGGUGCGGCCCGCGAUGAAGCCGCCUAGUUCAUUGCAAACAAGUGAGUUUGACUCAUCAGACGAAGAGCCUAUUGAAGAUGAACAGACUCCAAUUCAGAUAUCCUGGCUACCCCUGUCACAAGUGAAUUGUUCUCAGUUUCUUGGUUUAUGUGCUCUUCCAGGUUGUAAAUUUAAAAAUGUUAGAAGAAAUAUCCAAAAAGAUACAGAAGAACUAAAAAGCUAUGGUAUACAAGACAUAUUUGUUUUCUGCACCAGAGGAGAACUGUCAAAAUACAGAGUCCCAAACCUUUUGGACCUCUACCAUCAGUACGGAAUUAUCACUCAUCAUCAUCCAAUCCCAGAUGGAGGGACUCCUGACAUAGCCAGCUGCUGUGAAAUAAUGGAGGAACUUGCAAUCUGCCUUAAAAAUAACCGAAAAACCUUAAUACACUGUUAUGGAGGACUUGGGAGAUCUUGCCUUGCCGCUUGUCUCCUGCUCUACCUGUCGGACACAGUUUCACCACAGCAAGCCAUCGACAGCCUGAGAGACCUGCGAGGGUCUGGAGCAAUACAGACGAUCAAGAGACAGAGAGAGAGAGAGAGAGGCGCAGAGACACAGGCAGAGGCAGAAGCAGGCUCCAUGCAGGGAGCCCGACGUGGGACUCGAUCCAGGGUCUCCAGGAUCACGCCCUGGGCUGCAGGUGGUGCUAAACCGCUGCACCACUGGGGCUGCCCUUGAUCAAAACUCUUCAUCCUAAAAACCCUCUUGCUAUGUCAACCCCUCUCCGUAGGUUUCCCUGACUCCCUUGGGCAGAAAUAAUUUCAUGUGUCUAAUAUCCACAUAACACAGAGCUUUACAGUGCUACCAGUAUGGUAUUUCUCACACUGCAGUAUUUGUGUACACGUCUGUGUACCCCUCGGGGUGAGGCAUUUUUAAUCAUUUGGGCGUGCCCUGCCCCCAUCACGGAAUUCAGUGAGACACCAGAGAUGGACUCAUAUGCUUCAGUUUGUUCCCACUGUUCUCAAACGCAUAUAUUUCAAAGUCCUGCUUCAAUUUGGAAAUACAAGAAAUGGCCUCAGAAUAGGGAAACACAAAAUGAUUAUUAAACUUCAUGGCCAGGACCACCACAUAUGGUAGUGCAAUAUCUGCUGAGGUGGAAGCUCAAAGCCAGCCCAUGCUCCUGCGGCCAAGCAUCCUGGUUUAGCUCUACACCAGGCUCUGCCCUAAGGGGCUGUGGAGGGAGGGAUUUUACUAAUUCUUUUACCCCAAGAGGCAUCUUGUUCUAAUGCACCUAAAGGCAUCAUAUAAGCAAGAGUAGCCCUGUUCAAGGUCAUGAUAAAAGUGAUCAGUCUAACUUUUGUGUCCUCUGCAUAUUCCUAUCACUUGUGGAUGUUUUCACUAGGUCACCAAACUAAAGACUGAGGAAGGGUAACCCAGGUAAGACCAACUUCUAAGGGUGUAAGGAGUCAGUUAUAAAUGUGAUAAGGGGAGAAAGAUCUUAUCCACUUAUGAAAUAUAUGGCAAAAAUGUUUCUGACUACACUCUGGAGAGAUGUGGCUGUUAGCAUUUAGGGUCACUUAACACACAACUUCUAAGUUCAAAAUGUACUAAAAAUCAAAAUAAGGGCACCACACCACUCUGUGUUAUCAGGUCCGAUGUUAAAAUGAGAAGCCAAAGGCACCAAGUUUAUGGGGGAGCUAUUUUAGUUGCUGUCUCUAGUCAUCCAGGGGACAGAGAAUCCUAUCUGCCUUUCCUCUGGUGGGUUAGGAAUAGUAUCUUCAUAUGUGAGGCAGUGUUACUCAAUAUUACCAGUAAUCAGUAUAGUUCUAUAUUUCUAGCUUUUACUAUGCUGGUUUAUUUCCCUAGUUAAAGUUCUUCGCUUCAUGAGGCAUUUGGGUGGUUCAGUGUUUGAGCAUCUGCCUUCAGCUCAGGUCGUGAUCCCAAG